AUGCCGGACUACGUUUACGCGCUGCACGAGUUUACCCCGGAGAACCCGGACGAGAUCUCGCUCAAGGUUGGCGAGCGAAUCGAGGUCGUAGAGAAAGAUGACGAGUAUGGUGAUGGCUGGUGGCAAGGCCGCAACUCUUCUGGGAAAGUCGGCUUGUUUCCGCAGAGCUAUACAUCCGCCAAGCCUCCAGCUGCCCCGCCGGCUGUUGUUGUGUCUAAUAGCACGAAUGCCUCAUCUUCCUCAUCUGCAACUGACAGCACAGCGCACAUCCCUGGUGCACUUCCCACAGCGACGCAAGCAGUGCCCGCCACUGCGGCAAACGGGUCACAAACCAACGAUGCGCGUGCUUCGCACGACGGGGAAGUGAUGCAGGCGACCAUGACAGACGUCCAGCAAGCCAUCGAACAGCUAGGGCACCGUGGAGGCGACGAUGCCUCGCGGUCAUUCAGCUUCGCAAGCUCGCAUUCUCAGUCAACCGACCACUCCGAAGCAGAAGACGAGGAGGAC